AAACAGUAAAGCGUGGCCGUGGCUCCUCCCACAGGCUAGUCAGUCCACUACUGCUAACUGAACUGCGGAACCACUGCUCGGACGCGAUUCCGUUGCACGUUUUCUCCUUUUCCUUUAAAUUUCGUUUCUUUAUUUUUUUUCUUUAUUUCAACAGAUAAGCAAUGAAGUGCAGUGUUAACACUAAGGCGUUUUUAGCAGACCACCAACGGCGGCCGAAAUAGCUAAGGAGUCACAAGUUGCCAGUUAAAGUUGAUGUUAGCUAGUUGCGUAGUUUGACAGCUAACUAAGUAAGCUAGGCUUGUUGGUGUUCGACGUCAGAUUCAAAACAAAGCCCGCAAAAUCCAAGAAACGCCCCGCUGUCAACUCCAUACCAAUCCGUAAACCUGCAACGUAGCAUCGUUAAACGAAAUUUUCAUCGCUCCAUCGGUAAUUUGGACCUCAAGUUAAUAUCGAAUGGAAACAAUUUAGCCGCCGUUAAGCUGAAGUUGACGCUGCAGCCGCUUUAAAUUUAAACCGGGAACUAAUCCAGCAGCUGGAGCCUUUUUUUAGCUUGAUAAUAAUAACGUCGAGUCGAAAACAGUCAUUCUCAAAUUCAUUUGAUAGCUAUUAUCAUAAUAGCUUUGGAAUUCAAUGUCUGAAAAGAGUUCAUCGUCAGGUUCGGAUGAGGAUAUUGACCCGGAAUCCGCACAGCCCGUGGAGUUCGGCGGCGUAUUAAGCAAAUGGACAAAUUACAUCCAUGGAUGGCAGGACCGCUGGGUCGUGUUAAAAAACAAUACCUUGAGUUACUACAAGUCUGAGGAUGAGCGGGAGUACGGCUGCAGGGGCUCUCUGUGCCUGAGCAAGGCUGUCAUCACCCCUCACGAGUUCGACGAGUGUCGUUUUGACAUCAGUGUGAAUGACAGCGUCUGGUACCUCAGAGCAGAGGAUCCUGAACACAGACAACGCUGGAUCGAGUCCAUAGAAGUGCACAGGGCCGAGUCUGGAUAUGGUUCUGAAUCAAGCCUAAGGCGUCAUGGUUCCAUGUUGUCUCUCACCUCAGCAGCGAGUGCCUUGUCCUCCACAUCCACAUCCUCUUUCAAGAAGGGGUACAGGUUGCGUGAGAAGCUGGCAGAAAUGGAAACCUUCCGGGACAUUCUAUGUAGACAGGUGGACACCCUUCAGAAGUAUUUUGACUCCUGUGCUGAUGUGGUUUCCAAAGAUGAGUUUCAGAGAGACGGAGAAGAGGAUGAAGAUGAAUUUCUCACCGCUGCAAGACCCGACGGAGAAAACAACAAUGGCAGCAAAGAGAAAUUGUUUUCCUCUGCUAAUCCCAAAGGCACCAAUGGGAUAGACUUCAAGGGGGAAGCCAUCACCUUCAAGGCCACCACGGCGGGCAUCCUCUCCACUUUGUCCCACUGCAUCGAGCUGAUGGUCAAACGUGAAGACAGCUGGCAGAAGAGGCUGGACAGGGAGCUGGAGAAACGGAGGAGGGUGGAGGACGCCUACAAGUCCGCUUUGAAUGAACUAAAGAAAAAGUCACACUAUGGAGGCCCAGACUACGAGGAGGGACCCAACAGUUUAAUUAACGAAGAUGAAUUUUAUGAUGCUGUUGAAGCUGAACUAGAUCGACAAGACAAGAUAGAGGAGCAAUGCCACUCUGAAAAGAUCAGGAAACCUUACCUAAGUCCAGUUCCACCUGGUGAUGUAUUUUCUGUCAUCGGCACACAUAGAUUUGCCAACAAGCCCCAUAGCUAUUGUUCUUCCCUGUCCUCCGUCGAGUUAGUCAGCGCCUCGGAUGAAAUUCACAGAUUCAGCGCUCAGGUGGAGGAGAUGGUGCAGAAUCAUAUGACGUACUCUCUUCAGGACGUGGGUGGAGAUGCCAACUGGCAGCUGGUAAUAGAAGAAGGGGAUAUGAAGGUUUACAGAAGGGAAGUGGAGGAGAACGGUAUUGUGCUGGACCCCCUCAAAGCCACUCAUAAUGUCAAAGGGGUGACGGGCCACGAGGUCUGUCACUACUUCUGGGACACAAAUUUCCGAAUGGACUGGGAAUCCACCAUUGAGAACUUCAACGUUGUGGAAACACUCUCUGAUAAUGCCAUCAUUGUUUACCAGACACACAAGAGAGUGUGGCCGGCCUCGCAGAGGGAUGUCCUCUACCUGUCAGCCAUCAGGAAGGUCCACGCCACAAACGAAAACGAUCCCGACACGUGGCUGGUCUGCAACUUCUCUGUGGAACACGACAAGGCUCUUCCCACAAACCGCUGUGUUCGUGCCAAAAUCAACGUGGCCAUGAUCUGCCAAACACUGGUCAGCCCACCAGAGGGCGAUAGAGAGAUCAGCAGGGACAACAUCCUCUGUAAAAUCACUUACGUUGCCAACGUAAACCCUGGAGGCUGGGCUCCAGCCUCCGUUCUCAGAGCCGUGGCCAAGAGAGAGUACCCCAAGUUUCUCAAACGCUUCACCACCUACGUUCAGGAGAAAACCACUGGGAAGCCCAUCCUCUUCUGAACACCCCCAGGCUUUUCCUCUGCUGGAAUGAUCCAGAACAGGCUCUGGAGGACUAUCGUGAUGCUUUUUCCUCAUCUACAUGUAGACCUCCAUGCUGCAGAACUGCAUAGCCACGAGCCUGUAGUUGUAGUGCGUUAGUAGUUGCAUCCAGUUUGACACUAUCAAAAGCCAAGAAAAUACCUUUUAUGUGUUUUCAAAAGUUCCCAAAGCAGUUUUUCCAAAUCAUUUGCUCUUUCUCUGUUUGUACAUUUCUGAUUUUUCCAUAAUUCUUGAUGUUUUGGAGGUUUGCUUUAAUCACUAGUAUUACAGCUGCUUGUUUUGCUGCUGCUAAACCAUCACUAAGGAGGACACUAGAUCUUUCCAGCAACAGCCCUAAUGAGAUGUGGUUCUUCAUCUCCUCUUCUUGUGUUUACUCCUCCCUCUUUGACGGAAGUCAGAGCUUUAGAAGUCCUUCUCAUUCUAAAUGUAGCUUUCAGAGAGCACCAUGUAUUGUACAGAGAAAAUGGACUCCACUGUUGGGAGAAAUGUGAAAUGACUGUUGAACUUGAUGACAGCACUGGGCUGGAAGGAACGAGGAGAACCAGCGGGUUAACUCCGGAAAAUCCGGCUGUCUUUACUGAUUGCAGACUGAUAUUUGUAACUAAUCAGCCAUAGUUUCUGGAAUGAAAAUCCUUUUGAGAAAUGAGUAGAUACACUAGACAACCACAAUUUCUGAAUUUUUUUUUAGUCCACACGUGGCAAAAGACACAUUUUUGGGAUUUUUGCAGAUGAUUUUUGUCAUGCUUUUGUAGGUUAAGGUAAAGAAUGUAAUCGUCAUGGAACUUACAUUUCACUCACAGCACUACAGCGCGGUGGCCUCCUGCCGUUUGGCUGAUAAACCUCCAGAAUGCCUUAGACGCCAGGAUGCACCUUUUUUCUUUUUUUUAAAGUCCUGGUUUUCUGUACAGCUACCAGGCGUGCAUUUAUCAGCACUGAACUGCAGCGGAGGGGGGGGUCUUAAGUCAACAUUUCACGUCAUCCAAGACUGUAUUUUAGGACCAUCAGAACCGAAUUCUGCAUCACAUUUUCAGUCCAAGAGGUCAAAGGUUUGCAUUUUUUGAGUUUCUGUGUUGAGGAACAGAAGUUCUGUCUGUCGGCUAAAGAAAGCAGUUUGUGUUUUUAAACAUCUUUUGUCAGUGAACCUCACGUUUUGUAUAUUUCUAAGCUGUAUAAGUUGUACAUCAAGAAGUGUUAUUAUUUGCACUAAAUUUAAUGCAAUUUGAAAAUGUCCUGUAAAUUAAAAUUGUUACACA